CUCUCGACUCCCCUCAGAUGGACCCGCUGCAGGCUGUCGAGUAAGGAAUGGCAGGUGAGCAGGUGGACUCAUCUCUUGACCUGAGCCACCUGACGGAGGAGGAGCAGUCCUCCAUCCUGCAGGUCCUACAGCGGGAUUUGGAGCUGCGUCAUCGCGAUCAAGGACGUAUAAGGAUCCUCGAGCAGACAGAACCAGACCCGACACGUCUAUGCCUCCUGUCUGGAGAGUGGUUCAGUCACGUCUGCGGCAAACGCCAUCACAAGUGGACUUCAGGCUUCGACCUCAUCCAAGCCAGUCUCCGGCACAGGAAGACCAAGAGCAGAGAUGUGCGCCUGAAUGAUCUGUUCAGUGGAGAGGAGGAAACUUCCUCGAGAAACGUCCCUCCUGAGGCCGAGGAAAUACCGCAGCACAACAAAGAAAAAGAGAGUGGAGGGUGUCGGGAAAAUCUGAAACCUGAAGCCGCACCCAGUGCAAGAAUUCCCAUUGAACAGGAUCGCCAGCAUAGAAACGAUUCUUCUUCAGUCAAAGAAAGCAGAAGUAAUGGGCACUCAGAAGAGCCUGAGGAAGACUUGAUUGUCGGUCGCAACGGGGACUCCGACUCUUUCAGCAGCAACCUGCCCGAACCAGAUCUAGCUUCCCUGAAAACCAGCAGCUCCACCAGCAGCCUUCGUUCAAGCUACACGCUCGGUGGUAGCAUGAUGAGCCUGUUCAGCUCGGGGGACUUCGGAGCGGUGGAGGUGAGGGGCCGCAUCCAGUACUCAUUGGAGUACGACACUCACAAGGAGGAGCUCCAAGUGAAUGUGUAUCGCUGCGAGGACAUCGCUUCUGCGCGCAAGAACCGCUCCGACCCAUAUGUAAAAUCCUAUCUCUUGCCAGACAAGUCGAACCACAGUAAGAAGAAGACAUCAGUGAAGAAGAAGACACUAAACCCAGUUUAUGAUCAGACGCUCAGAUACAAAGUGGGUGUCAGGGAGCUGAGCAGUCGGACUUUGAAUCUGUCUGUGUGGCACGCUGAGGCCCUGGGGAGGAACGUCUUCCUGGGGGAGGUGGAGGUGGCUCUGGGACUCUGGGACCGGACGUGCACGCAGCCGCUGUGGCAGGAGCUGCAGCCGCGGGUUCGUCUGUGUCCAGACUCCAUCAGCUGCCGAGGCCGCAUCUUGUUUUCUAUUAAAUUUAUUCCUGAUGGGUUUGAGGGUGGUGGUCUGCCUUUGACCGGAGAGAUUCACAUCUGGCUUCGGGAGGCUCAAGGUCUCCUGUCCAACAAAGGAGGCGCUGUAGACUCCUUCAUUAAAAGUUACGUUCUCCCAGAUGCGAGUCAGCAGAGUGGUCAGAAGACGCGAGUGGUGAAACGCUCCGUCAGUCCCACGUACAACCACACUAUGGUCUACGAUGGCUUCCACACCAGCGACCUGAGGGAGGCCUGCGCUGAGCUCACCGUCUGGCAACGUGAAGGCUUAAAGACGCACGCGCUGGGAGGGAUUCGUCUGAGCUGUGGAACAGGUCAGAGUUACGGUGUGGCCGUCAGCUGGAUGGACUCUACAGAGGAGGAAGUUGCAGUUUGGACCUCCAUGAUCGAAAACCCAAACCACUGGAUCGAGGCGACACUGCCAGUCCGGACUGACCUCACACAGCGGUCUGUGUGAGCAACAAGUCCUGCUCUCUUACCUUCAUAUUUAUGUUCCAGGUGUUUCUAAAGUGGAUGCAUUGAAAGGAAACUCUUCAAAUCAGCACAUUUAACCUCUCUGUCAUAAUAUUACACACACGUUAUUGUUGUUUAACUAUGAUUCAUACAC